UAAGAGGAAGCGAGUGGAGCGGGGCGGCCGCAUGGCACCCAAGGGCGGUCGAGGAAAGGGCAAGGGCGACAAGAAGAAGAAAGAUGAGAAAGUUCUGCCUCUGGCUGUGGACAUCACAGUAAUGCUCCCGGAUGAGUCUCAUGUCAUCCUCAAGGGGAUAUCGACCGACAAGAUCAUCGAUGUGCGGCGGCUGCUCUGCGUCAACACCCUUGCGUGCCAUAUCACCAAUUACUCCCUCUCCCAUGAGGUAAGAGGUUCGAGAUUGAAAGACUUCGUCGAUGUCACGGUGCUGAAACCAUGCACUCUCACUCUGGUUGAAGAGGACUACGACGAAGAGCGUGCGGUGGCGCACGUGCGGCGCCUCCUCGACCUCCUCUCCUCCACCACCUGCUUCGGUCAUCCGCCGCCUCCGACUCCGCAGCCAACGUCGCCCAAAGAUGCCCCGUCUGAGUCAGCCUCCGCUGCGGCCUCGAAGGUCCGCAAGAAAAGCGGCGGUGCCGGAGCCGGCGGGAACCGGAAGAGCCCGCCGGAUGACCAGGGCCAGUCCCAGCCGAAGUCGCCGUCACAGUCGCUGGCGGCGGCGGCUAAGGAUUCGACGGCAGACCUAGAGGCGGAGAUGAGCGGGGCGUGCCCUCGGCUCGGGGCCUUCUAUGAGUUCUUCUCCCUCGCCAAUCUCACCCCUCCCAUCCAGUUUAUGAGACGAACAACGAAUCUUAGGCAAGAUGAGCGUCCAUCCGACGAUCAUCUCUUCUUCCUCGAAGUGAAGCUAUGCAAUGGGAAGCUUGUGAUCGUCGAGGCAUGCUCCAGGGGAUUUUACAGUCUUGGGAAGCAAUGCUUGCUUUGCCACAAUCUUGUCGAUCUCCUGAGACAUCUCAGUAGAGCAUUUAAUAAUGCUUAUGAAGAUCUCAUGAAAGCUUUCAUGGAACGGAACAAGUUUGGAAACCUGCCUUAUGGAUUUCGUGCAAACACAUGGCUUGUGCCUCCAGUUGCUGCUCAGUCACCAGCCACAUUUCCUUCCCUUCCUGCUGAGGAUGAAACUUGGGGAGGCAAUGGAGGUGGAUGGUUUCAGGACAGUAGAAGUGAUAUGAUGCCUUGGGCAAAUGAGUUCCUUUUUCUUAAGUCCAUGCCAUGUAAGACAGCAGAAGAGAGACAAAUCCGGGACAGAAGAGCUUUCCUGCUUCAUAUCCUAUUUGUAGAUGUUGCAAUACUAAGAGCUGUUGCAGCUGUAAAGCAAGUUAUGGAUGAAAGAAAAAAUGCAGCUACAGUCGGGGUAGAUGAAAUCUUGCAGUUUGAGACAGUGGGGGAUUUUAGCAUCACUGUCACUAAAGAUGCUUCAGAUGCAAGCUGUAAGGUGGAUACAAAGAUUGAUGGAAGUAAAACAACUGGUAUUGAUGCCAAACAUCUCGCUGAGAGGAACUUGCUAAAAGGAAUCACAUCAGAUGAAAAUACAGCAGCUCAUGAUAUCGCCAUGUUGGGGGUUCUUAAUGUGCGAUACUGUGGUUAUAUCGCUGUUGUGAAAGUCAAGCAUCAUGAGAAAAGCGAACUGGAUUUACCUUUGCAAGGUGUUGAAAUUAAGGAUCAUCCUGAAGGUGGUGCAAAUGCUUUGAACGUUAGCAGUCUGAGAAUGCUACUUCACAAAAGCCAUACACCAAGAGAGAAAAGAUUAUAUAAUCAUCUACAGAGUUCAAGGCAUGAGGAACUCUCUGCAGCAAAAAAAAUUGUGGAGAAAUUGUUGAAAGAUAGCCUAGUGAAGCUUGAGGAGGAGGAAGCUGAAUGCAAUGUUUCAGUAAGAUGGGAAUUGGGAGCUUGUUGGAUACAACAUUUGCAGGAUCAGAAUAAUGGUGACAAAGACAAGAAACAGGUUGGUGAAAAUGACAAAAAACAAAUCACGACGAAGACAAAAAGUGAGAUAAGAGUUGAAGGCCUUGGGAAGCCUCUUAAAAUUCUUAAAAACCCAAAAAAGAAACCAGAUUCUGAUGAAGAAAAGACUUUAACCAUUGACAGGAAAUCAUCUGAUGAGAUGCAUGAAAAACAGAAUACAAAGUUGCCUAUCAAGGAACCUAAGGUAGAAAGCAAAGAAACUGAGAAUUCUUGCAAGCUCAAAGAUUUGUUGACUGAACCUGUAUAUACAAGGUUGCUAGAAUCUAAUACUGGACUUCAUUUGAAGUCUCCACAGGAAUUAACUGAGAUGGCAAUGAGAUAUUAUGAUGAAGUUGCUCUCCCAAAGUUGGUCUCAGAUUUUGGGUCAUUGGAGCUAUCACCUGUUGAUGGUCGUACUCUAACUGAUUUCAUGCAUACAAGAGGUCUAAGAAUACGCUCUCUUGGGCAAGUUGUCAAGCUUUCAGAGAAGCUGUCUCAUGUUCAGUCACUCUGUAUUCAUGAGAUGAUAGUAAGGGCUUUUAAGCAUGUUGUACGAGCUGUGAUUGCUUCUGUUUCUGAUACUGGAGAUUUAUCUAUAUUGAUGGCUGCAACACUUAACAUGCUCCUUGGGCUUCCUGAUUCUGAUGUUUCACAUUCUGCUAUACGUGUGCACUUUCUAGUCUGGAGAUGGCUUGAAGUAUUUCUAAGAAAGCGAUAUAACUGGGAACUUACAAUCUCAAACUAUAAUGAUAUAAGAAAAUAUGCUAUUUUAAGAGGGCUAUGUCACAAGGUGGGAAUUGAAUUGGCACCCAGAGACUUUGAUAUGGAUUCAAAUUUCCCCUUUGACAAAUCAGAUAUCAUCAGCCUUGUACCUGUGCACAAGCAAGUUGCAUGCUCAUCUGCAGAUGCACGACAACUUCUAGAGUCUUCGAAAAUGGCACUUGAUAAGGGUAAACUUGAAGACGCAGUCAACUAUGGAACAAAGGCUCUGGCAAAAUUAAUUGCAGUCUGUGGUCCUUAUAAUCGGAUGACUGCUGGAGCCUACAGUCUUUUAGCUGUUGUUCUCUACCAUACUGGUGACCUUAAUUAGGCCACAACUUAUCAGCAGAAGGCAUUGGACAUAAAUGAGAGGGAGCUUGGAUUGGAUCAUCCAGAUACAAUGAAGAGCUACGGCGACCUAGCUGUUUUUUACUACAGGCUUCAACAUACUGAAUUGGCUCUAAAGUAUGUGAAACGUGCGUUGUAUCUUUUGCAUCUUACUUGUGGACCAUCUCAUCCAAACACAGCUGCUACAUAUAUUAAUGUGGCUAUGAUGGAGGAAGGCCUGGGAAAUAUACAUGUGGCACUUAGAUAUCUUCAUAAAGCUUUGAAAUGCAAUCAGAAGUUGCUUGGUCCUGACCACAUUCAGACCGCAGCAAGUUACCAUGCGAUAGCUAUUGCACUAUCCUUGAUGGAAGCAUAUCCUUUGAGUGUUCAACAUGAGCAAACAACAUUACAAAUACUUAGAGCAAAGCUUGGUCCAGAUGACUUGCGUACUCAGGAUGCUGCUGCCUGGCUCGAGUACUUUGAGUCAAAGGCUAUUGAGCAGCAAGAAGCUGCUCGAAAUGGUACGCGGAAGCCUGAUGCAUCUAUUGCCAGCAAAGGCCACCUGAGAUGUGCCAACUGAAUUUUCUACUUCCACUAAAAUGAUGAAUAUCCUAUGCCUGAUCUCCUUGAUUUCAUUGAUUCCAACCAAGAUGGUAGAGGAAGAGAUGCUGAAUCCCUGAAGAGGAAGAAUCUGGGUUUAAUGGUAUGUUGAUAAGCCUUUAUCUUGUUUAAAUACUUCUGAGAAUCUAAUUGUGUAUUUAUGUUUGGUCAUGUUGGCUUACAUGUUUAAUAUAUCCGCUUGCUACCUGAAUGAUUUUUUAAGUGGUAGAUCGAAUAAAUGUCAAAGACAACAUUUAUAGA